AUGGACUUGCGCCGCGGUCUCCAAGCGUCCCCCGUGAGAGACUUUGAUCGCAUAUCGGAGCUCCGAGCAGAGAAACAUGAGCAGCUACGACGACGCACGAACGUGACGUCAUGCCGGAGCCCCGCUAAAGAUUACGACACGGCGCUGCUAAAACACACACUCAGCAACAAAAGACAAGAAGAGUUCAGGAAGAGGAGGUCGCUGCCUCGCACGCCCGAGGAGGACCGCGGAAGCUCUCGUUUCUCCACCUGCGACUCGGCGUCCUUUUUUAGCCUACACGGCGGCUUCGGUGACGUUGGCGGACGGGAAAACGUGAUGAUGAAGAUGAUGGCAAAGGAGGACACCUGGAUGGAAGAGAUGAAGAUUGAAAACAGCACACACCAAAUGGACAGUGUCGACCAUGAUGCCCACGCACCCCAACAAAAGAUGAGAGAAGUCAGUGUCCAGACAGAGUCAGGCCUUUUGACAGUCGAAGAAUCCGAUAUUCUGCAGUUACAGGACUACAUGCAGGAGAGCUUGUGGCGGGAGGAGGCCAUCACCAAGAAAGUAGCAGCGCUGCAGGAGUGUUUUCUACAGCUGCAGAAGGCCUUAAGUUCAUUGUGGAAAACUCGCUGCAGUGAAGAUGCGCUGAGAAACAAGAUCAAGGUUCUGGAGACGCAGCUGCAAGCUUGUCUACAGAGGCUUCCAAAGGAUGUAUCGAGAAAACAAACGAAGAAGCAGAAAAUGACAUUUGAAGAGAAGAGUCAGAUGAUCACCCAAGAGAAAAACGAAGAACUCAACAAAACUGUUGCGUUGAAGGUCGGACCUUUUCUAAAUCUUCAGGAAGCACUGAUUAGUGCAAAAACGGACGUCCUGAGAAUGCAGAGCCUUUAUGAGGAGCUGAAGCUCACCAGUCGAAAACUUCGGCAGGAGCUGGACGUUAGCUACAGACGAGCGCGAGAGCAUGAAGUACAAAUUGAGUUUUCCAGGACGAGAGAAGCAACGCUGACCGAGGAGCUGGUGUCGUUGCGGCGAGAGAAGAAUGAGCUGCGGUUGAAAAUGAGCCUGCUCGAGGAAUACCAGCAACACGGCGACAUUGUGAGACGGGACGUGAGCGUUCAGAGUACACCUGAGGAGGAAAACGCAUUCGCAAAGGGGGACUGCAUCGUAGGGGAGAAGUUUCUUCACGUUCGGGACCAGCUUCGCUUUAAGGAAAUAGAGUGCGAGUCUCUCAAGACUGCGUUGCACACCAUGGAAGAAACCUUGCAGUCCAGCCAGACUCGACUAUCACAAUGCAGGGAAGAACUCCUCCACAGCAAACCGACGCGGAAUGUCACCCGACGGAGUUUGCGCGUGUUCCUCGUUCUUCUUUUUCUGACGCUCCUGGCUGUUGCCGCCAUUGCCGCGUUGAGGCCUUGGCUUCCCCUUUUUGGAGAGAAAGUGGAAGACUUCUACCUUGACAUGGAAAGACGGAUGGAGAAUUAUUUUAUGCAAAUGCAAAACUCGGGCUGUUUUAGGCCAAUUUGA